AUGCAGCAAAUAUUCGCCUUACUUGUGUUGGUGUUAGGCUUCUUCAUGCAGGUUGAGGGUGCAAAUGAAAGCUACUAUUCGAUUAUUGCCCCCGGCGUUAUUAAGCCCUUUCGCAAUUACACGGUGGUGGUAACGCUUCAUGAGGCUCUGGAGCAGGCAAAAUUUAAUAUUCGCAUCAAUGGUCCCUAUUAUCAAAUGAACAACGUUGUUUAUUUGCAACCCAAUGAAACGAAAUCUGCUAUUUUUCGACCAGAGAAAUUGGUUGAAGGUCCUCAUAAACUAGUCGUUGAGGGUGCUAGUAGUGGUCAAGUGUUUCGCAAUGAAAGUCCUUUAAUUGCCCAUCAUAAUGUUGGACCCAAAGUAUGCAUACAAACUGACAAGGCCGUAUAUAGACCGGGCGAACAAGUACAAUAUCGUGUUUUAAUAUUGGAUGAACACACAAGACCCUUGCAGAUUGAUGAUCCUGUGCGAAUUGAAAUUAUGGAUGGUCAAAUAAAUCGUGUUCGCCUUUACAACGAUGUUGACAUCUCGUCGAGCGUUUACACCGGGGAAUUUCAACUUUCCCACUAUCCGCUUACGGCAGAUUGGAAAAUACGUGUCACUAUAGGCGGUAAAUAUGAUUACCGAGAAGAGAAAGUGAUACAUGUUCGGAAAUAUAGGCUGCACAGGGCUGCGGUUUUGGAUAGAUCAAAUUCGGUCAUUAUGCAACAUGGCGAUAAGAAAUACAGUGCAAAUUUGAAUUCAAGUGGAGAGGGCAUGUUUGAAUUUGAUCAUAAUCCAAAUGCUCAACAUUUAUUCCGCUCUGGAAAUUCUACCUUUAACUUAGCGAACCAAAUUGGCGAUAACUCGUUGGCCGACAAAUCGGAUUCAUAUUUGAACCUGAAAAUAAAAAAGAAUGCCCUUCCGUGGUUGCAUGAACCGCUGGAGAUUGUGGUGAACUCCUCGGUGGAAAUACCCUAUUUGGUUUACACAAUUAUGGGUCAUUCGAAUAUCAUCCAUGCCGAACGUAUCUAUGUUCCUGCUGGCCAUAAGACCUAUACCAUAAAACUAAUACCAUCCCUAGAAAUGAUAAAUCAUGGCUUUGUUUAUGUCCACUUUAUUCAGGAUGGAAUUCUGCGUUAUGCUGAACUGGAUCUGGAAUUACCGUUGGAAUUUGAAAAUAAGGUUGAUGUAACUGCACCCACUGAAACAAAACCAGGUCAGGAGGUCACUUUCGAAGUGAAAGCUCAAGCUGGAAGUCUGAUCGGAUUAUUGGCCGUCGAUAUUGGUGUUUAUUUCUUUGAUCCAUCAUAUGAUCUAAAUCGUGAUACAAUUCUGGCCUCAAUGAAAGCUGAUGUUUCCACUCUACCAUUUCCAGCUUCCGUUUAUCCGGGUCUGCUAUCCGGUGUUAUUACCCUUACAAAUGCCCAUUAUGAAUUUAAGCCAGCUAGUGCUCAAAAAGCUGAGAGUCCUGCUACAGCUAGCCGUGCUGCAUUGAUUUCAUCUAGAGCAAAACCUCUCAGAUAUCGUGAACGAUUUCCAGAAACAUGGAUUUUUCAAAAUUAUGAAAUCCGCAACAAUAUCACCCACCUGAAAUUUAAAAUGCCCGAUACCAUUACCUCCUGGUCUAUAACAGCAUUUUCGUUAAACGAAAAAACUGGCCUGGGCAUAAUAAAUCGGCCCACCUAUAUAUCCAACAAUCUUGACUUCUACAUACGCCUCCAUUUACCCUAUUCGGUGAAACCGCCUUUGUCGUUUCUGAUACAGCCCAAAAUACUAGGUGAGAUAAGUCUGCGGGUAUCCACCACCAGCUCGCAAAUCGAAGACGGUGUAAUACGUAAACUUCGUGUAGAACCGGAAGGCGUAAUGAGGCGGCGCCAUACCCCAUUGUAUAUAAAUGGCUGGUCUGGGAAAACGAUACGAACUCUAUUCCACAUAGAUCUGCCCCAUGAUGUUGUGCCACAAUCAGAGGUCAUAACACUCUCGAUAAGUGGCGAUCCCUUGGCUCCAACUCUCAAGAACCUCAAUGAUUUGGUAGUAAUACCCUUGGGUUCGGCAGAAGAGGAUAUUGUGAAUUUUGCUGCAAAUGUUUUAGUUCUGCAAUAUCUACAAGCCACUGGAAGAGAUUUCACCGAAAAGAAGCUGAUGGCCAAGUUAAAGAAUUUCCUUGAAAUUCGUUAUCAGCAACAGCUGUCAUAUCGCCAUUCGAACGGUGGCUAUAGCGUAUUUGGCCAGGCGAAUGAUGCAGAGCCAAGCACAUGGCUCACUGCUUAUGUGGUGAGAUUUUUCAUCAAAGCUACGAAAUAUUUACCAGUGAUGGAGGCUCAUAUUGUCGAUUCGGGAUUGUCAUACUUGAAUUUGGCCGAAAAAUAUAAGGGCACCAUUGACAAUGGCCUGAAGUUCCUGAACGAUAAUUUGGAGAGUAAUACAGAUAUUUAUGCCCUUUCCAUAAUCGCCAUGGCCAUGCAAAUGGCUCAACAUGCCAAUGCCUCAAAAGUCCUCGAUAAACUGGAAGAACAAAAGCAAAGAUCCGAUGCUCGCAUAUGGUGGUCACAAAAUCAUUGUGAUCAUGCCAAUGAUGUUGAAAUCACUGCAUAUGUCCUAUUGGCGCUGUUGCUGGAAACCCCGACUCGAAAUGCUCGAGAAGAGCAUGAGAUUUUCACAUGGCUGACGGAACAACGCAAUGAACGUGGUGGCUUUAAGUCGACACAUGAUACCAUUGUGGGUCUGCAGGCAUUGGUGGCCUAUUCGGAGAAAUAUAAUACUUUGGACACGAAAAAUUUGCGUGUAAAAUAUUCCGCGAAAGAUUUCCGCACACAAAAUGUAAAAUCCGGAGAACUGCAGGUGGAUGAAAAUAAUUUAUUAAUUUUACAAAUUGAAGAGUUCCCCAAAUCAACUCGUGGCAUAGACAUUGAAGUCAUCGGUUCGGGCAAUGCUUUCGUCCAGUUGUACUAUCACUAUAACACCAUUUUGGAGGAUAAAUUCGUACAUUUUCGUAUAAAUCCCAAGGCGAAGUUGGUGAAUCCGGAAUUGUUGAGAUUGGAAAUAUGUUUUAGUUAUCGUGAAGAUGAUAAUUCGACUGCAACACAGCUAAUACUUAUGGAGGUCAAUCUACCGUCCGGUUUCGCAACCAAUGAAGACUACGCCAACGAAUUGCUGAAAAAGGAACUGGUCAAUCGAUUUGAAUUGAAAAAUUCAGACACCACUUUGAUUGUGUAUUCUGAAAAGCUAUCAGCAAAUAUUGAUAAUUGUUUCACGGUCAUGGCUGAUAAGCUCGACGAUGUCGUAAAGCGUAAACCAGCCUCGGUGGAGGUGUAUGAUUAUUAUAAUAUAAGUCGUCAUGAUACCGCAUACUAUAAUAUUUGA